CAUCAUCCGUUCCGUGAGACUCCCAGCAUACCCUCGCUCAUCUGCUCACUACUUCGACGUACCUGCGCUCGUCGAGUCCGUGACUGCGAAGCUCCGCACUUUGAGACGCUUCAAGAUGGCUUCGACUGAUGCGAGUCGAUUAGACGAGGCGUACGAUGAAGACCUGUUGGUGCCGGGACAUUGCGCGUGCGGUGCGCUGUCCUUCAUCAUCGAUCUGAACGUAGGGCGACCUAGCACGAGCGCCUACUGCCACUGCACUCGCUGUCAACGUUUCAACGGAGCUCCCUUUGUCCACACUUUGCACUUGCCAUUCGCUGCCGUUUCUUGGAUGCCGGAAGCGUGCGAGGAUGUGGGAGCGCCUCAUCUGGACUCGAACACGCUUCAAGAGGCGCAAAUGGAUAGGGAGAAUAGAGGAUUUCCAAAAGCUAGAGGAGGCUCGUGGAGCGAGCUGUUGGAGACGUACGAAGCUCAAGCGGGGCGAAAGUGGAAGUUGAGGUGCAAGGUGUGCAGCAGUCCGAUGGGAUCCUGGAGCGUCGUGAGGAACGGCUGGUCCAUCUGGCCACCGACCAUUCAGCGUGCACCGAGCACGGCCGAGGAAGCGUCCAACCACAACAACACCAACAACACCCCCACCUCCCACUUUACCGGCAAACAGCUCGCCUCGCAAAAGGCGUGGCGCUUGAUGCGGCCCGACCAUCAUCAAUUCUACGGACCUUGGAGAAGCUUCGACGUGCAGGAUGAUGGGCGGGACAAGUUCAUCGGAUACAAGGGCAAGAGCGAGCGGGUCGCGUGAAGCACGGCUUUGGCGACUUGCCCCCGUCGCUGAUGCGCUCUGCAGUCCCUCAGCAUUAGACACUCGAAUGUGUGCGUCGGAUGUUGAGAGGGAAUGAAUGAUGGGACUAUUCGCAAUACACUGCGCAUGACCUCAUGAGAGCUGCUCGACCAAGAAAGUGAUGAGCAUUCGUUUGCAGUCUGAGUCAAGAGUCACGAGUGUUGAGCCCUAGUGAUGGGCCAUCCACAUCGAGCCGCAUCGCCUGCCCACUGCUUGCUAGAACG